GCGAAAGCCGGGCAUGAAUUAGUGUUGCACACUGUUGUUUUGUUUACCACCGGUCAGUUAGCCUCGAUAACUGCAAACGCAAACGCACUGUUUGAACUAAUUGCGGCGGAACUGCUUUUAGAAUAACAUGAAGCCUGCAGUGGAUGAAAUGUUUCCUGAAGGAGCUGGUCCCUAUGUGGACCUGGACGAGGCAGGAGGCAGCAGUGGUCUGCUCAUGGACCUGGCAGCCAAUGAAAAAGCUGUGCACUCCGAUUUCUUUAAUGAUUUUGAGGAUCUGUUUGAUGACGAUGACCUGCAGUGAUGACACCUGUUUGAGCUGCUGAACAUGUACAUAAAAGGAAUGAAGAAAUUGCCCCAUUCUCUCUACAAGUCUCUUAUUUGUACAGCUUCCCUUGUGUAAAUCACUCAGCCCAAUAUUGAAAUAAAACCCUUUUGUUUUUACAAAAAAA